GUCGGCUCGAAAUUUCGGAGAUACCGGAUCUCGCGUCUCCGCUUCUCGUUCUCGUGCCACGCGCUCGCAUCACCGCCAACACACGCGUUUUGUUUACACGGGGACGGAACGUACAUAUAUAUAUAUAUAUAUCUCACCCAUUGAUGCGAUUCUCGCGGAGGAUCGCGCGCGUUUCCCCAGUGCCGGUGUUUCUCCUCGCAAACUGGACAGUGUGAAAACCAGUGAGUGCAAGCUAGACAUUCGAAAAAGCGAGUGCGACUCUGCCUAGACCAUGGGGAUCUCGUGGUUCGUCGUGUUCACCUGGUGCAUAGGCAUCGCGACGAGUUUCGAUCUGGGACCGAUCGUCAGGGUCGCCCAGUGCAGGUCCCAAUGUCUCAGGAAGCACACCUCCGACGGUAACUGCGACUGGUACUCCGGACAACAGCAGACUACUUGCAGCGUGUGCUGGCAGUACUGCGAGGCCCUCGAGAACCGGUGGGAGAAGACCAGGACCAUUUGCGAGGGCGACCAGUAUCUACAUUGUCCAGCCUGCCAGACAGCGUGCACCUACCGCAAGACGAGGGUGGAGGAGAAGUACCUGCCUUCGAUGCUGUCCGCGCCGAAAAAAUCGCCGCUCAACCUAGACCGAUUCGACGUCGCGGUGGUGAUGCGCAAGCUCUACAAACAGUGGAGGGUGGACGGAUACUACCCCGGCGAACGAGUGCCAAAUUUGCGACCGGACACCUGGAUCAUCGUCGCCGUGGAGGACGGCGUGCGUCACUACAGUUGGCAAGAAUGGGUGCCGAAGCUGGAGUCGCUGAAGGAGGGUCCUUUGUACGAGGCGACGAUCUCCUGGAAGGACGUGCAGACCCAACUGCAAAAACAGAGGGCCCUGGAACAAGUCAGGUUCAACAAUCGAGUGAGACAAUUCUUCCUGGAGAAGUACGGCGAGAAAGUGCUGGCCGAGUGGAGGAGCCAAGAGGACUCGCAGAUCUCCGAGGACAUAUUCCGUAGAUUCUUCUUCAGGAGGAAGGACGAUCGCGGCGACGACUCGAUGGAGGCCGACAACACUCCUUCGACCAGCAGCGCGUACAACGACCACGUGGACAGGGAUCAGUCCGGGAACAAAGAGACCUACGUGGUGUCCUGGGAGCCGGAAACGGGCGGUCUGAUGGGCAACCAAGUGGCCGACACGAACUCCGCGCAGAUCUCGCUGCUCCCUGGCACCAAGUACCUCGUCAGGAUCGCGUCGAACGACGGCCCGGGAAGCUUCCCCAUCGAGGUCGACACCAGGCCCACUUCCGUUCAAGCGGAGAAGAUCGAGACCAACUUCCUGCCCGAUCUCUACCCCUGGGACAUCUUCGCCGCGUCCGUCUCGGCCGUCGUUUUGGUGGCGGCGAUCUGCGCGCUGAAGGUCUUCAAGAAGACCAAGAACGUCGAGGUCGAGGAGGUUUGAUCGGCGAUCACGGGCCUGUUCCGUCGACGAUGAUCUACUCAGGGAUACCGCGGGCUCUCCUCGAGCGGAACUUUCGAGGAUCGUGGCCGGUCGAUCGGUGUACAAAUAACAUUAAUUGGUCGGCUGAAGCGUCUCGAACGAUUUGUUGGAUUGUUGUACUCGAUGCCACGGAAUCGGUGGCUUCGGCUUUCGUCCGUCGAGAAUCGGAGAAACGCAGUGUUGUUACUGUUCUAACAUUAGAAUCUGAAAUGUCAGGAGGACGAUCUUGAAGUUCGUCGUCGAUUGAGCGGUCAAUCGAGCUUGCGACGCUCUCGCGAACAAUUCUCGCGGACAUUUCAUCGGAGAGAGAUCGGUUCGAUGACGAUAUGUACAUUUGUUUGUUAAGCGUAAGUAGGCUAAAAAGAAAACAAAAAAAACAGAACGAUGUAAAAUAGCAGAACGGAGGAAGUGUACAAAGAACCUCGCUAGGUGUAAGAAGUGAUAGUCUCGCGUCAUCUCGUCGAAGCAGAAAUGUACAGACUCACGGAACGAUAUUUUUCUACGUAAUAAGAGUAUGUAAGUAGCCUAAACUUUCUUGCUCAAACGCGCAACGAACAGACUGUUGAAAAGAGUUCCUAUCGCCGAGAACGACGAACAACGCCUGGAAAACGGCGCCCCUUCCCCCCCAAAAAACUCUGUAUUUAUUUGUAAAUAGUAGCUGUGCGAAGCUAUGUACAUACAUCCAUGGAAAGAUAAAUAAAGUGCGUCCGAUAACAA